AGAUGGAAAUGUCAGAAGAUGAUAGUAACACAGAAGAAUACCCUACUGAAAUUCACGAUUAUCUCACAGCAUUUGAAAAAUCUCUUGGUUCUGUUGAUGAGAUGCUGAAGACAAUGAUGUCAGUUUCCAGGAGUGAGCUUCUGCAAAAGUUAGAUCCUCUUGAGCAAGCAAAGCUGGAUCUGGUUUCGGUGUACACACUGAAUUCAAUGUUUUGGGUAUACUUGGCUACGCAGGGAGUCAAUCCAAAAGAACAUCCAGUGAAACAGGAAUUGGAGAGGAUAAGAACAUACAUGAACAAGGUCAAAGAAAUAGCAGACAAGAAAAUGGCAGGCAAACUGGAUAAAGGAGCCGCUUCUAGAUUUGUAAGAAAUGCACUCUGGGAACCAAAUGAAAAAAAUGAACAGACUUCCAAAAGUCCUGCUAAAGGAAAAAAGAGACAGAAGGACUAAAUUUUUGUUUGCCCUUACAUAAAUUACAGACACCUGGAACUUGUUCUGUAAUGUUUUGCAUAUUGCCUGCAUCUCACUGAGGUGCUGUACAACAGAUUAAGUUAUACUUGAGAAUUUUGCAGAAUUGUGUUUUGUCCAGGACACCUUAUCACUGAGGUGGUCACAUUGAAUCUGUGUCUAAAAGUGCCAUUUGAUGCACAUUUGAGUAACAUUUCAUUAUUCAAAUGACCUGUAAAAUGCUUGCUGGUAAUAAAUACUAGUGAUGGCUUGCUUAUAAGGCCUAAGUAUUCA